GGGGAGGGUCCUGGCUCCGCUUUGCCCCUGGCGACAGCAAUCCUGGUGUGCCAGCACGGCUGGGGACACGAGGGAUGGCGGGGGAGGUGACACCAGGAUGAGACGCAAGGCGUUAAUAAUCACCGGCUGCGGCUUUAAGGGACGAGAGACCGGCACCGGGGCAGUGCUCAUUACCGGGGCCGGGCUCAGUGCCGGGGGCCGGGGCCCCUGCCGGCACCGCCCCGUCCCGGCUGUUUACAGGUCCGGCACGUUGCGUGGCUCUGCGGUGCACAAUGUGGCCGCUUUGGGGGCUGGACCUGAACCGCGUGCGCUGUGACCUGCUCUUCACAGAGGCCAUCAACCAGAGGAUGCAGGUCCCCAACAGGCUGAAGGUGGCAGAGAGCUGCAGCCCUGGGGACACGGGGACAGGGACAGAGGAUGUCCCUGCGUCCUUUCGGAUGCACAUCCCUGAUAGGAUUUCUCUGGCAGAGACAUCAGACACCGGUUUGAGGCCAGUCCUGCUGACCCAGCCAAGGAAGGUCCCCUCUAUUGUGGUGCACGUGUCCCCAGCCCCCUCUGGGGACCUCCCUGUCCUGCCCCCAGCCAGCAGAGCCAGCGCCCAGCGCCGCAAGCGAUCGGGCCAUCACAGCAGCAGGGCACGGAGGGACAGGACGCCGAGUGACAGUGCCCAGCUGGCCUUGCACAGCCCAGGACAGCACCACGAGGGGCCAGACUCCUGUCCCCUGCCUGCUCCCAGUGCCCCACUGCCCCUCCUCACAGAGGCAGGCAGGAUCUACUCCAUGCAGAACAUCUUCCAGACCAUGUGCCUCCUGGGCCAGGUGCUCUUCCGCUGUGUCCAGGACUCUCUGCGGGACCCGGCGCCCUCCAGCUGCCAGGAGCCUAUCCCAGCUGCAGAGAGCCCCGUGGAGGAGGCCGGGGUGACAGAGGUGGCAGCAAUGAGAAGGCAGCUGGCCAGGAUCUCGGGGAGGCUGCGUGUGCUGGAGGAGCAGUGCCACGCCUGGAGGCAGAAGGAGGCCCUGGUGUACUCUGUGAUGAUCUCUGCUUGCCUCGUCAACACAUGGCUCUGGCUCAGAAGAUGACAGCCCGUGCCCAGCCUCCCCUGCUCACCUGGCAGGGUGGGUGAGGGCAGGGACAGGGGCAUUUCUCAUGCACUUGCCAGCAGUGAAACUCUUUUUUUCUUGACUAGGACUGUUUCUUGCACUGUGGACCCUCAAGAAUGUGUGUCCUUCAGGCCUUGGUGGCAGUGAAGGUGUGAGAAGCUGCUGUGCAGAGCUGAGGUCUCUGAAGAGCCUGGUGCUGGCACAGGAGGUGUCUGUUCUGUGCAGUUGCCCCCAGGCUGCCAGAGGAGAUGCAAACUCAAGGGGCUGGGUGUUUGUGUGGUCCUGUUACAGACACAGCCUGGCCACAUCCCACCUUGGAGAUCUCAACUCUGACCCCAUAAAAGUUCUCAGCCAGCUGCUGUGAUCUGCUCCUCACCUCCUGUAGUGUGACUGAGUGUUUCUAAACUUCUGCUGGGUUUUCUUUUCUUCCUUGUGCAGCUGCUGCUUGGUGGGGGUGGUGCUGCCAGUCUCCUGUGGCACAGCCCCUCUUCCAGGAGUGGAGCUGGAGGGGCCAGGAGCUCCCAUCCCUGCAGCCACAGCAGGUUUGCAGAUGUUCACAUGGAACAGCCUUGCUGACAUCUGGGCUUAUCCAGGGGCUUGGCUCUUUCCCAGAGAGAUUUACGUGGGAAACCUCCCCAUGGUGACUCUCUGGAUUAUAAAACCUCAGAGCAACAGCAAUAGCACCAAAAAGGUCAGAGAAAAUAGAUAUUUGUUAGGCUCCCUGUGGCAGAGGGGAGUGGAGGAGUGUCUCUCCCAGGUCUUGCUGCCAAGCUGCAACUUCAGUGAUGCUGCAAGAACAUGGGUGAGGGAAAUUCCUGACCCAGAUGCUCUUUAGCUGUGAACAAGCUCAGCUUAACAGCUUUUCUGUUUGUUCCCUUCUCCAGAGUUUAUUAACACUUGAUUCUGAGGUGACUUUGAGACGUUUUUGGAGGUUCAUCCAGCACAUCUGCUGGAGUUGUGCUUGCAGGCCCUGGGGGCAGGUUUUGGCAAGGCUUAACAGGACCUCUCCGUGUCACCUGUACCUAAUUAUAGCUGGAUCUACAUGUCAUCCAGAUGUCCCAAUAGCUUAUUUACAGACAUCAGUGCUCGGGUGUUUUCCGCUUGACACCGCGUCAAGCGUCCGUGACUGUAAACCUGGCAGCUGGACAGGGACUAAUAAAUAACUGUCCCCAAGUAAUUGCAGCUCUGAACCUGUGGCUGACUGCUGAGCUGAGUGCUGCAUUUCCUGCAGGGCAGAGCCAGGGUGCUGUGCUGUGCCAGGGGGACGGGCAGGGCGGGUGGCUCCUGUGCCUUGUGGGCAGGGUCAGCAGAGGAGCUGGCACUCCUGGUCUGUGUAAGGGGGUGGGAGUCGGGCCAGGAAAUGAGGGAAAUGGUCUGGUUUCUCUCCUUGGAGAGGUGCUAAUGUGUUGUGGAGGAAGCUUGUGUUUGGGGUUUAUUUUAGGGUGAGAAGGGAUGACUUUGGGAAGGCACAUCACCUUCAAAGUGUGGCUUGAAGGUGUUUGGAGGAGAGGUGGCCAAACUGGAUGUGUUCUCAUGAGCUGGUUACUGUCAGGUUGUGGAUGAUAUGACUUCUAUGUAAGGCAUAAAUGCUGGUGUAAACCUGGAAGCACUGAUCACAAAAUGCAUAUUUUAAUAAACUCUGUGUGUUCUGGA